CGUCGUCUCGGUAGAAACUACGGCAGGCGCGCAGCUGACAGUGAUGAUGGAGCUCUGUCUAGUCGACGGUGCUUAUUCUGCUGCUAUCUGAAAUUUCCACUGACAUUAUGCACAUUUCGCUCGUUUGACACGCGACGUGACUGCGGAUUCGAGUCAAGUAACGUUAUGACUCGACUGCUCGCGUGCCCUCGUCCUUCCCGCUACAGUCCGCGAGCUCCAGCAGCAGACGGCUAGCAGCUCCAGCCGGUCCGCUGCAGCAGCACACACAGCCCGGCGAGGAGAUGAUGAGGAGGAGGCCUUAAAUGUCGGUUCGGCGUCUGGCUGUUCACUCAUCAAAUACAGAUUUAAUCUCGUCAGCGGACAUGGCGUCGCAGCUCCAGGUGUUCUCCUCUCCCUCCGUGUCCUCCAGCGCCUACUCUCGCUCAAAGAGGCUCAAAGUUGAGAACCCUGCCUGGGAUGUGUCCAACCAGCUGGGAGAUAAUGGUUACUACCAGCAGAGCCCCGCCCAGGGAGCUGCACCCUCCACAUCUGGCUCCAACUUCAACCCCGUGUACCCCUCCAACCAGGUGCACCCGCCCGCAGCCGGCUCCCGGGAGCAGACGGUGGUGCGCGGGGCAGACAGCACAGGGAGCGUUCGCGGACCUCCCUCCUCGUCUUCCUCCUCCUCGUCCUCCAGCCGCCGUGUCAAGGGUGCGGGGUCCUCCUCGCAGCCAUGUGACGUCUACCACAAGCAGUACAGCUUGAAGCGGAAGAGCGAGGAGGUGGACAGCAGCGACAGCGUCCAGAUACUGGAGGAGCUCUCAGCCCCCGUGGUCUCAAACCGCACCGCUGGUGGUGGGGGUGGGGGUGGGGGGGGGACCACCACCGCUCAGUCCAUAGCACAUUCCACUUCUACCACCAAGAGCAGCAACUCCCACAGCGAGGGCGACUACCAGCUGGUCCAGCACGAGAUUCUGUGCUCAAUGUCCAACAGCUACGAGGUGCUGGAGUUCCUGGGACGGGGCACCUUCGGCCAGGUGGCAAAGUGCUGGAAGCGGGGCACAAACGAGAUAGUGGCGAUUAAGAUCUUGAAGAACCAUCCCUCUUAUGCGCGGCAAGGGCAAAUUGAAGUGAGCAUCCUCAGCAGGCUGAGCACAGAGAAUGCUGAUGAGUUCAACUUUGUGCGCUCAUACGAGUGUUUCCAGCACAAGAACCACACGUGCCUUGUGUUCGAGAUGCUGGAGCAGAACCUGUACGACUUCCUAAAGCACAGCAAGUUCAGCCCUCUGCUGCUCAAGUGUAUCCGGCCGAUUCUGCAGCAGGUCGCCACGGCACUGAUGAAGCUGAAGAGCCUGGGGCUGAUCCACGCCGACCUGAAGCCUGAAAACAUUAUGUUAGUAGACCCUCUGAGGCAGCCGUACAGAGUGAAAGUCAUUGAUUUUGGCUCGGCUAGCCACGUGUCCAAAGCGGUUUGUUCCACCUACCUGCAGUCACGGUACUACAGAGCUCCGGAGAUCAUUCUGGGCCUUCCUUUCUGUGAAGCCAUCGACAUGUGGUCAUUGGGGUGUGUCAUUGCUGAGCUGUUCUUGGGAUGGCCCCUUUAUCCCGGCGCCUCAGAGUAUGAUCAGAUUCGUUACAUUUCCCAGACCCAGGGCCUUCCCGCAGAAUACCUGCUAAGUGCAGGAACCAAGACCAGCCGCUUUUUUAACAGAGGCCCCGACUCCAGCUACCCCCUCUGGAGACUCAAAACCCCUGCAGAGCACGAGGCGGAGAUGGGCAUCAAGUCAAAGGAGGCGAGGAAAUACAUCUUCAACUGUCUGGAUGAUAUGAUGCAGGUGAACAUGACCAACCUGGAGGGGACGGACAUCUUGGCAGAGAAGGCCGACAGGCGCGAGUUCAUAGACCUGCUGAAGAAGAUGCUGACACUAGACGCAGACAAACGGAUCACGCCCAUGAAGACGCUGAACCACCCCUUUGUUACCAUGACACACCUGCUGCACUUCCCUCACAGCUCUCAUGUGAAGUCCUGCUUCCAAAAUAUGGACAUAUGCAAACGCAGAUGCAGCGCCUUUGAGAAUGGCAAAAAUCUGUUUGCCAGCAACAAUACCCCGAGUGCAGCCACCAACCUCACUGUCACCUUCAGUAGCCAACUCAACCAGCACAAUCAGGCGUUGAAUACAGGCGGCCAGUCCCUGUCUCUCAGCAGUAACGUCCCGUUGCUCAACUACCAGCCUGGCCUCUACCAGCAGGCCACCAUAAACAUCCCGGGCCUGACCCAGCAGGGCGUGCCCCUGCAGACCAGACCCACCCAGCUCUGCGCCCAGAGUGAGCCCUUCCAGCAAACACUCAUAGUUUGCCCCCCCACCAUCCAGGGUCUUCAAACCUCCAAUAAGCCCUCUGGUUAUCCAGUGAGGAUGGACAACUCCGUACCCUUAGUCCCUCAGAACCAGUCGUCCCAGUCUCUUCACAUCCAACCCGGCGUGCUGGCACAGCAGGGCUGGCCGGCAGGCACACAGCAGAUCCUCAUCCCUUCCACAUGGCAACAGAUGCCAGGCAUGGCCAUCCACAACCCUGGGCAGGCUGUGGUGCCCGACUCACCCAUGGGAGCCCCGGUCUCUGACAGUCAACAAGCUUCUGGCUGGAGGGGUCGUCAUGGAAGCCAAUACGAUGGCGUCAGCCAGCAGGACUCGGGUGCUGGCCGUCACGCUGCCUCCCAAAGCCACAACUCAGGGGCAAGAUCCCAACAGGGCAAGAGGUCCAAAGCUCGACAUGCAGAGAGCAGAGCCAGGCCUGUGUCGUCGGCCACCACUGUGCUCCACAACGCUUCUGCUUUGGCUGGCGACCAGUCUCAGCCCAUCGUCAUCUCAGACACACCCAGUCCAGCUGUCAGCAUCAUCACCAUCCACAGCGACUCCGACGACGAGGAUGACAGGAAGUUCCCCCUUUCCUUCUCUGGAACAAGUCAGAGGACCAAUGUGAUCAGCUGUGUGACUGUGCACGACUCCCAUGACUCUGACUCGUCCACCAGCAGCCCCCUGAGCACCAAGACCACCUCACAGCCCGCCAAGUCUUUGGCCGUCAUCACGCCCUCUGUGAAGAGCCAGCCGGGGGACAGCACAACCCACAAAGCUCCCGCAGCUCCAGAUCCAGCUACAAGUGGCUCCGGAAAAUCCAAGAAAGGGUCGACUCAGCAGUCCAGUCGGCCAGGAGAUUCCAACACAGACCGGCAUCAACGGGCUGCAUCCAGCAGAUCUCAGCCUCUCAACCUGAGUCAGGUACAGCAGUCUGUGAUGUCAUCAUCCAACGACCAAACGGGAAGCAGUGGCUCCCUGAGGCGGCAGCUCACGUACCCCCCUCCCGCCUCGUCCCAUUCAUCCUACCUUCACGAGAACGCCCUGUUCAGCUCGACCCCGAGCUUGUACGCGUACCCGGCGUCCGCCGCCCUGGCCUCCGUGUCCCAAGCUGUGGACCAGAUGCAAGGGGGCUCAUCCCGCCACGGCAGGGCCAGCGGAGCGUACCCUUCACUGGCACUGCUCCAGAAGAACUGCACCCUGGCUCUUGGAGGCUCCGCUCCGGGACAGUACAGCAACUCCCACCCCCAACAACAGCAGCAGCAGCAGCAGCAGCUGGGGGGGCAGCCGUUCCACCACACCAACGCUACUUACCAGCGAAAAGUCAACCAGUUCCCCUACCUGUGAAGACGCCAACGUUUUGAACAAAUUACGGCAAAAGUAUUUUUUUGCGGGGGGGCUGCAAAAGAAAACUUUUGAAACCGGGUUCCAGAGUGAAAUCUAAUAGGGCUGCUCAAUUAUCGGAGAAAUCAUAAUCACGAUUAAUUUGGUCAAUAUUGAAAUCACGAUUUAUUUAACACGAUUACUCAUUGUCUUUUAGAAAGAUGUUGCAAUUAUUAAAUUUAAAAAAAACAGUGAAACAGUUAAACAAAUCAAACAGUGUAAACACCUAGAACUGUUACAUUUACCCUAAUACUUUCAGAACACAAGACAAAAUAAGAGUUUACCUGCAAAACGUAACGUGCAAAAUAAUAAUUUUUCUCGCUUCUGUUUUUGUGAUCAUUAGGAGCUGAAAUCGUAAUCGCGAU